AUGGUCUGGCUAGAUUCCGAGGAAAAUGCUUAUCGGAAGCAUCCGGCCAUCCGCUUCGCCAUCGUGGCUUUUGCCGCUCAACAUGGCUGGAGAGCAUACCAUUUUGAGAACAUCGCCGCGAUGGCCGAAAGCGCUCGCGACAAGUGCCUUCAGCUGAUCAAAACCCGAGCUCAAGAGAUGACCGAGAAGGUAGCUGAAGGCGUCGACUUGGACAGCCACUCUGAUAUCGCCGACGCCGAGUGGAUGCUCGCCUCGAUCCUGAUCAUCAACAACUAUGAGAAUGCAAGGUGCCGUCUCGAGGCGGCUGAAGGCCACAGGCAAGCGGCUCGGACGAUUGUCCACAUCUUCAACCAGUCAGUGUCUACCGAAGGCCGCGAGCUGUUUGCUUUCCUCCGCAACCAGCUAGCCAUCGAAGACAUCAUAGCAGCCACUACGACGUUCGACAAGGCUAGCAUUAAAAACGCAAUCACUCCGGCGCCGGGCUCGGACUUCCUGCUUUUCUCGAAAUACCUCAAACUCCUGCACCAGAUCACACUCGAGUCUAUUGAACACACGCACGAAGGCCCGCACCCAACCGGACCCUUCGAAAGCCGUCUCACACUCUCCACAAUCCAUUCGGAAUUCGAGCAGGCCAGAGGAACCACCUUGAUCGCGGCAGGCCGGCUCGGCCUGGACGGAUCAAUGAUGGCUCGCGACUUUGUGCGCCUGGUAGAGAUAUAUCACAACGCAGGACUGCUGUAUGCGUUGCAGUGUCUCAAGUGUGCAGACGAGGAAAGUGCCCACUGGGUGACAGCAUGCACACGGUUAUUCGACCAGCUGUCACGAUUCGAGGACGUUCACGCCUUCGUACAGAACCUUGCUUGGCCGACCUUCAUUGCGGGAACUGCUUGUUUUGGUAACGAGGAGCGUCAAACGAUAAUCACAUCGAUGUUCACAGUGAUUCAUGAAGUCACAAGAUUCGACUACUAUUUAGAUGUGCUUGACUUUCUACGGAACUUCUGGGCCGGGACGAAUAAUGACUGGAGAUCACUGGCUCAGACCAGGGAGGCGUCUGGUAAGCGCUUGUUCGUCGUUUGA